AUGUCAACAAGAUCUGAAUGUAGGAAACCCUUUGAAAAGAAAUUUAAGGAAACUCAACAAGGUGAAAGGCCAUUUAUAUGUCAAGAAUGUGAGAAAUCUUUUGUUAGACAAGGACAUCUUGUUGAACAUCAGAGAAUCCACACAGGAGAGAAGCCAUAUUCUUGUCCGGAAUGUGAAAAGUGUUUUAGUAACAAAUCAAAUCUUAGUAAACAUCAGAGAAGUCAUACAGAAGAAAAGCCGUUUACAUGUCCUGAAUGUGAGAAGAGUUUUAGUCUGAAAACAAAUCUUGUAGAUCAUCAGAAAAUUCACACAGGAGAGAAGCCAUUUUCAUGCUCAGAAUGUGAUCAGUGUUUUAGACACAAAUUAAGUCUUGUUCAACAUCAGAGAACUCACACAGGAGAGAAGCCAUAUUCAUGUCCUGAAUGUGAUAAGUGUUUUAGUCAGAUAUCAACUCUUAAUAAACAUCAGAGAAUUCACACAGGAGAAAAGCCAUUUUUAUGUAUUCAAUGUAAGAAAUGCUUUAGUCUGAAAUCACAUCUUGUUCAACAUCAGAGAAGUCACACAGGAGAGAAGCCAUUUUCAUGUCCUGAAUGUGAGAAGUGCUUUAGUCAUAAAUCAAGUCUUGUUAAACAUCAGAGAUUCCACACAGGGGAAAGACCAUAUUCAUGUUCUGAAUGUGAGAAGUGCUUUAGUCAUAAAUUUGGUCUCGUUAAACAUCAGAGAUUUCAUACAGGGGAAAAGCCAUUUAUAUGUCCUAAGUGUGAAAAGAGUUUCAGUCUGAAAAGAAAUCUUGUAGAUCAUCAAAAAAUUCACACAGGGGAGAAGCCAUUUUCAUGCUCAGAAUGUGAAAAGUGUUUUAGCCAGAAAUCCAUACUUAUUCGCCAUCAGAGAAUUCACACAGGAGAGAAGCCAUAUUCAUGUACUGAAUGUAAGAAAUGUUUUAGUGAGAGAUCACAUCUUGUUCGACAUCAGAAAAUUCACACAUAA